AUGUCCACCCAACCACCUCCCCCAACCCUCCACCACCUCCUCUCCCGCCUCGCCCAAGCGAAGCGCCUCUUUUUCAAACCCAAAUCCAAACGCCGACGCACCCAACAACAAACAACUACCAAAAAGAAACCCACCACCACCCGCGAAUACUCUCUCCGCAAACGCCCUCCACCCACCUCCACUCCAACUACAAUUCUCACCUCCUGGCGCGACGAAGACGACAGCACCGACGACGACGACUACGAUCCUCGAAUCGAGCGAGCAUACCUGAGACGCAAGAAGCCGUUGAAGCGGGCCAAAAACGAAAACUUGAGUCUCAUCGUGAAGAUCAAGUUAAACAUGGAUAGCGAAUCCGGAAAGGCAUUUCUGGCUAGUUUGGGGAUGUAUCAGGAUGAUGAUGUCCCGAUGAUCAGGGAUGAGGGACUUCAAGUCAUGAAGAGUAAGAAUAUGGUUGGGGAAAUGGAUGAUGCUGAACAACGGAAGACAAUAUCGUCGUCGUGCAAGGCGUGCGUUGAGGGAGGGAGGGUAUGUUCAAUAGGAGAUACUUCUAUGGAAGGUCAAGAGCAAGAUAAAGAACAGGAAACAGACACAGGGAUGAAAUACCCAUGUGAACAAUGCAUCAGGGAUACUAUUGUCUGCGAACCCAUGUCUAUACCUGUCACAUCCCUAACCCCAGCCUCUAACCCAUGCAUUACACCCCCCAUCUCCAUCCCCAUGCCCUCCACAACCCCAGAAGACAAUUACCCAAUAAUCCAACCAACCACAAUCACCACCUCCCUCACCCACCCCAUAACCCUCACUCCAACCCCCCAAACCUGCUCCUUCUGCCCAUCCCUCCCCUACAGCCUCUUCGGGCACUACCAACCCCCGCGGACAAUCUCCGUGCUACCAUUCCUGCCCCCAGGAAAUAAAGCAGGAGAUUACAUGGAACUCCACCCCCAAAUACCCAAUUCUACCAAUCAUCAUCAUAAUCAUUAUCAUCCGCAAACACGCAUAUGCGUGACAUGUGCGUUGGAGAGGCUACGCAUAAUGCUUUGCGGACAGCAGUUACCAUCAGCACCGUCUACAUCAGGAUCUGAAUCAGCAAAUCAUAAGAUCCUUCCGCUGAAGGGCUACGAUCCUGAUACUUUUGAUUUUGAGAUGGCGUAUACUAAUCUUGCUGCUACGUCGAUAUCCACUUCGUCUAGUCCAUGGUGUUCCCUCUGCCCGCACCCCGCGUUCUACGGAUGUGGGAGACUUCAGAGCAGGGAUGUGUUUCUCGAGGAAGUGACGGAGCCUCAGGCGAUGGGUGUCGGAUGCGGGUUACUGCUCUGUGAGCGGUGUGAGGUGUUGCUGCGAAUAUACAAGGGGAAGGUAGAGGAUGUGGUGAGGAGGAAUGAGGAGGAUGCGAUUAAGAAUAAUGGUGGAGGGGAUGGGACUGGUGGGAGUAGAGCGGAUGUGGGGUUUCUGUUGAAGGGGGGUUGGCUUUGGAGGGUGUUCAUGGGAGAAGUGGAUUCCCUUCCUUCUAAUAUUCUUUUAUAG